CAUCACCAUCUCAUCAUGUCCGCUCCGUUCAAACUAGGGCGGGACUCGCUUGAGGAGACAAAAAAAUCCCUCCGGGCGCUUAAAAGGCACUCUAAGGCUGCAGAACCAGUGUACUUCACUAUCAAUACUACAAAGCCGUUGGUCAGAGCCAAGGACUACACUCCCAGAGUGAUUCCGUUGACCAACCCUUUGGACAAACUAGGGAACAAAUCGGUGCUACUCAUCACCAAAGACCCUUCGACCCCAUAUCGACAUCCUCUUACUGAGAAGGACUCGCCUACCGAAGACGUCUUCAACCAGAUCUACACCGUCACCAAGCUCAGGCGUAUGACAAGCAAUCAGAAGAAAGCCAUCGGAGUAUUCAAAGAGUUCGACAUAAUAGUGGCAGACCACCGAGUUCACAAACUCUUACCGGAUAUUCUAGGUGCACAGUUCUAUGUGAAAAACAAGAAGAUUCCUUUUGUGGUACAAAUGGCUCCUGCUGACCCCAACGCUAAACUCGUCAAGACGUCCAAGUCCCAUAAGCUCAAAGACGAGCGAUGCGAACCCAAGUACGUCAAGGGCCAAAUGAACUCUAUUGCCAAAAAUACAUACUGCAUUAUUCCUGCCAACGGGACAUUCAUGUCGAUCAAGGUGGGGUUCACCAAUUGGCCCACCGACAAACUUGUGGCUAAUAUCAACGAUAUAUUGGUGUAUUUCAUGGAGAAAAAAUACCCAUCUGGAGGGUUGAUCACCAACAAAUCCAUGAUUGAAAGCAUCCACAUCAAAACCAGCGACAGUAUUAGCUUGCCGGUCUACCGGUCCACUCCCCAGGACUCCGAUCCCUCUUCCUCCGACUUCAGCGACAACGAUUUAUAGCAUAUACAUUAAUCUAUAACAUUUUGCAGCAU